AUGUUGAGGACUAAUACCAACUCUCUGAAAAUUUCAUUAAGAAGUAUACAAAAAUGUCUCUUAAAUAGAAGAUUCAUGGCUACGCAAACUUCAACAACCAUCGUUAAACCUGAAAUUACAAAUUUAUCAAACGGUGUCACAGUCGCAACAGAACAUGAUCCAUCUGCAAAGACUUCUUCUGUGGGUCUUGUGUUUGAUUCAGGUUCCACAUCAGAAAACCCUUAUAAUAACGGGGUAUCCAAUUUCUGGUCUCAUAUCUUCAAACAACAUAUAAAUAAAAAUUCAAAAACUUUAUCUGAAGGUCUACAACUAAACAGCAAAAUCUCAAAGGAUUAUCAAUCUUAUAUUAUUGAUUCAUUACCAAACAAAGUAUCAAAUUCCUUAGAUUUCUUACAAGAAAAUUUUAUUAAUUUACAUAUAGAUGAUUCUAUGGCAAACUCUUUCCAUACCAUUCAAAAAGAUGUAAUCAAUGAAUUGCAAACUUUUGAAUCAAAAGAUCACCCGGAAAGAGUCAUGGAACAUUUAUACUCUACAGCUUUCCAAAAUACUCCCUUAUCUCUACCAACAAGAGGUACUAUCGAAUCCAUUAAGAAUUUAGAAUUACAAGAUUUACAAGCAUUCGCAAAGGAUAACUUCAGAUCUGCAAACGCAAUGAUUGUAGGAACAGGUAAUAUCCCACAUGAACAAUUAGUAGAACAAGUAGAAUCUAAAAUAAAUCUAUUAAGCGGGUCCAAACUUUCAAACAACAAAAAACAAGUUAAAUCAACUUUCUUAGGCUCAGAAGUAAGAUUAAGAGAUGAUACUUUGCCUAAGGCAUGGAUCUCCAUCGCUGUGGAAGGUGAACCAUUAAACUCACCAAAUUAUUAUACAGCAAAAGUAGCUUCUGAAAUCUUCGGUUCAUAUAAUGCAUUCGAACCAAGAUCAAGGUUACAAGGUAUUAAACUACUAGAUAAUUUACAAGAAUAUCAUCUCUGUGAUUCAUUCAAUCACUUCUCCUUAUCAAAUAAAGAUUCAGGUUUAUGGGGGUUCUCUACAAUUACUUCUAAUGUUAACGCUAUAGAUGACUUGAUUCAUUUCACUUUGAAACAAUGGAAUAGAUUGACCAUUUCAAUCACUUCAACAGAAUUGGAACGUGGGAAAUCUCUUUUGAAAUUGAAAUUAGCUAAACAGUUGAACCCAUUGAACACCUCUAACAUGGAAAAGGCAAACAUCUUAGCUAAAGAUAUCUUUGCCAUGGGUAGAAAACCAACUCUGGAUGAAAUCUUUACUAAGAUUGAUUCAAUUACUGUAAAGGAUAUUAAGGCUUGGGCUGGUGAAAAGGUUUGGGAUCAAGAUAUAGCUAUCGCUGGUACAGGUCAAAUUGAAGGUCUAUUAGAUUACAUGAGAAUCAGAAAUGAUAUGUCCAUGAUGAGAUGGUAG